GUUGUGGGACGUUCUCUGGCAGACUUCGACAAGGACUUUGGGAGCUUACUCUUUUGACUUGAUUCUUGGUCUUCAAGUAGAUCUCUCAGGCUCGAAGGAGUACGAUAGAGCCAUAGGCUUCGUUUACUUAUUUGACUGAUUGUCGAGCCCUGUUUUGCUACAAUUACCGUAUCGAGGAAAGGGUUGACGUAUUUAGCUAUCUUGGUCCCAUAGUCCACGUCAUAUUGACAAACUCAUUUCAGCCCUCUAAAUUUCAUUUCGUUCGUUUCUCUGCUGAAAGAGAUUUUUAAGCAACGUAUUUGCGAAGAUGCCGCCGUCCGAAGUAUCAGCCGAACAGCGUAAUGGAGAAAUAUGGUCCACUCGAGUCCAGAAAGAGCUUCUUGCUUUGACGACUGAUAACGCUAAUGCUGAAGCUACUGAAGAAGUACGGGUCAUGCUACCGUCCUUUUGUAAAACGAUCUCGCACGCGUUGGAUCUUGCAGACGGAAUCUGUUUUGUCUCUUUCCAGAUAGACAUCGCGAAAGGUGACAGCGUGGCGUCCAUCUCCGUCAAAAUGGACGUAUCGUUGCCAAGAACGUCUCACGGUAAACCGGAUGCCUCUAAACCUACAUAUCCUUUCGUCGCCCCCUUGGCAACACUCCAAUCCGGUCAGGCAUCAUUUCCGAAAGGAUCUACUUUAAAAAUUGGCAGCCACAUUCCUAUGGACCUCGAUUGGACUCCAAGUCUCCAUCUAACGGAUGCCGUUUUGAACGUUGCCCUAAAGAUAAAGGAGAGCAUUUUGCAAGACGAGCCUUUCCAUGUCGCUCUCGAUCCUCCCACAUCCGCUGGGCCCGAUGUCACUAGUAGUGCGAGACGACUCGCGGCUGGCUUUUCAAAAGCAUUUUCGCCACAAACACGGAAAUCUUCCAGAAAGGUGAAAUCAAAAGAGAAGCGAACUGCGGCUAAGAAAGACAAGAUUCCGGGUGAAGUACGGAUGGGUGAUGAAAUUAACCUGCUUGAGGAACCAUGGGUAGACGCACACGGAAUCUACUCCUGCAAGGCAAUUCGACGUCCUUCAUUUUUGGAAGAUGCCAUGGCAGUUGCGCUGGAGAAAGAGGAACAAGAAGCAUUUAAAUCCCCUACUUCUAUGUUUCGGUCGUUUACUCAGUCUGCGCGCAGCGUCCUGGAGGAAUCCUUCCUCAUGAUUACAAAUACACACAUUAUUGAAGUCAAGGCGAGUCGGAUUAAUAUCUCUACCGGUAAAAUCACGCUAGCAAUCCCUAUUGAACUCAUGGCAAAACUCAAGUUCCGACGUCAAGAGUCGGUGAGCCUUUUCUUCAAACCCGCACCUGAUGAUCCUCUGAUUUAUAUGUGUCCCGAUUCUGGUGAUGUAGUCCACCAGAUCCAAUCAGUUCUUAAGCGACACGGAGUCAAGGGCAAGCACACGAAUGCUGCGGCGCACCGAGCAAUCAAUGAGGCUCUUUCGUUGGUGCAGGACAUUCAAACCAAGGAACUUGCGCUGAAGCACGAUCCUACAGUUGACCGUGUGAACGAUAUAAUGGACUUGUACCGGCAAGCGGCAGAGCGAUUCGAAGUGGCGGGUGAUAUUCGGCACGAAGAAGUAGUGACGCACAUGCGCAAGUUCUUGGCCCUGCCACUGACGAUCAGUAUUUUAGAUGGUAGUUUCCAACGAUUAGAUACCGGCACUCCAAAAUCACCAGUCGGGAAGAUACCAGAGGGCGAAGUCCUGGAACGAACACCGGCGCAAUUGGAUGAUGACGAUUUGGAUGUACCAGGCUCAACUGAAAAGGAAAAACAGAGCGACAAGGCUUUUGAAGAGAACAUCGAUAAUCUAUUGAAGGAAGCUCAAGCUGACGUGGAAAAUUUCAGGACAGGCAUCGAGAGUAGCAAUAUUGACGAUGCUUUAUCUGAGGUCGACGAAUCCGGUCUUUCCGAUGUAGCGGCUGAUCUGGAUGCGAUGAUGAAAGAGGCCGAUAAGGAACUGACCGCUUUAAUGAAUACAUAAACCAGCGCAAGCGAUUUUUCAUAUAGUCAAUAAGCUUUUCCAAUCGCAGCUACAUCCGAAUGAAUAUGUAAGUACGAAUGCUGAUGUAUGAAUAGAAUGAUUCGAUUCGGGGAAAAGUAACACGCUGACAAAAACGGAUAGGUUCCCUGCACUGCUGAUUCGCGUCGGACCGACGCUGCUUUUCCCACCAACGCUUGGCCUCCGACAGCGCCUCCGCCUAGGGAGAACAUCCAUUCUUAGAAAGGGCUCUAACGGCGAAAGCGGGUAAGCUAUCUCUUUCGGCCUUUUGAGCAAUUCAUAUCUCUUCAGCAAUUCGCUUUGUCGAUUUUUGGUAGCAGCUCUCAUUGACCAGCAACCAGGAUGAGUUUUGACUCUAGCGAGCUAUUGCUCUCACAAUGCGUUCUUUGCUACAGA